AUGCCACCAACAACAGCACCACCCACCACCAGCCGGCGCAAACGCGUCUUCUCCUCUGUCCUUCCCCCCGCCUCGCUCGACGACUUCCCCCUGGCCGCAAAGUCUCACACACUCGGUCCUCACCCUCCCCUAUUCUCCCGCUCCUCCGACCGCUCGCACCACCACCCCGAACCCGAUUCCCAGCGCCCGGAGAACCCUACCUUCCGCACCUCCACCACCUCCCAGCAAACCGAGAUCGCAACCUCCGACGAUGACGACAACGACGGGCUCUGGCCCGAGCAGGCGACCUGGGACUGCGCCUGGCGCGUCGCGACGAAGUUCCUCGCGGUCCCCGACCAAGGCUUCGCGACACUCCUCCGAUGCGAACAGAUGGACCAGUCCCACUUCAUGCGGCUGUGGAACCGCCACCGCACGGCGGACCAGGAGACCCUGGAAGCGUUCGUGUGCUUACUCGAGCCGUUUCUCGGCCACAGGAGGGUGCGACACAAAAGGGACGCGCUGCAGAAGAGCAUCCUGGAUUGGUACGGGUUUGAGAUCCGAAGGCACUUUUUAAGGAACGUGAGAAGUGGGUUGGUUGAGACGCUCAAAGGACCGGAGAAGGAUGGUCUCUUGCAGAGGAUUGUGGUGUGUCUGCAAGUCAUUCGGGGGAUCUACUUCGAGCCGCUGGCGGAGAUCCUGACCGCGUUGUAUCGGGGUGAGCAGGAGGGUGUGUAUGGGAAACUGUGUCGGUCGUUUCAUAUGAUGGUGGCUUAUGCACUGCCGUGGUCGCAGGCGUCUGCGCUGCUGAGUCGCGAAGUCAUGAAGGAGGCGCUGGUCAUUCUGGGGAUCGAUGCCCUGCGGGAGAGGGCUGCUGCGGACGGGCUUGACGAUGUGGAUGACAUGGAUGUGGAUCGGCAGUGCUCCGUGUCCUACCAGGACUGGCGCGAUGAGCCCUCGCCCUCCGCCAGGAUGCAGAUGUUGACGGAACAAGAUUCUCAGGUCGGGGCUGCGCGAGAGCGGCUGCUGCGGCUCUUCAAUGGGCUGCAGCUCGUGGGAAUGGGCGGCGACAAGGCACAGAAGGUUUUCGCGAGCGUCAUGGAUGCUUUGAUGACCGAGUUUGUUCGAACAGCGUAUACGGGCCAGUGGGAGGGCCCGUCGCUGGCUUCGCAGCACUUGCGGCAGUGGAUUGAGAACGUCUUUGCGCAGCUCGUUGUCCAGGUCCUGUCAAUCAUUAAUGUGCCCGAAUCUGGAGAAAAGGAGGUUGACAAUCUUGACGUGACGCUGGGCGAUGUGGAGAAGUGGCAAGAGAUUGGCAUUGCCCGCCUAGGAGCGUUACGGACGAGCGAGCUCUUUGAUGUGAUCGUGGAGUGGCCUGCAAGCAGCGGUGCGAUCGAGGAUCUCCGGCACUUCACAACCUAUCCAGCCGCGCGAUAUCAUCUGACACAGUCCUUCAUUGCAGCCUUGAAUCUCAGACUGCUGCAUCCGGGGGCAUCCACUAUCGAGAUUCUCCAGGUCUACAUUUCUAUCAUCCGCGCCUUUAAUCUACUUGACCCCAAGGGCGUUCUCCUCGAUCGGAUUGCCCGCCCUAUCCGUCGAUACCUCCGUGAUCGAGACGAUACCAUCAAGGUCAUUGUUGGCGGGUUACUGGCCGAUCCUGCCGAUGCGGAUGGCCAGACCGCAUCCCUCCACCACCCCGACACGCUGGUCGAACUAUCCGCCGAGCUCACCAAGGCGCACCAGAACUCCCUCCGCGCUGACAGCGGCGAACUCGACUGGGAUGACAUGAACUGGAUGCCGGACCCGGUGGAUGCCGCGCCGGACUACCGGAAAUCCAAGACGUCCGACGUGAUCGGCAGUCUGAUCAGCCUCUUCGACUCGAAGGAGAUGUUCGUCAAAGAGAUGCAGAACAUGCUCGGCGAGCGCCUCCUCCAGAAGCGUGCCGACUUCGAUCAGGAGAUGUCUGUGCUGGAACUACUCAAGGUCCGCUUUGGUGACAACGCGCUGCAGGCGUGCGAGGUCAUGCUCCGCGAUAUCUUCGACUCGCGCCGCGUGGACGGCGUCAUCCGCAAUGACCAAGGCUUAGCGAAGAGCCAGCAGCAACCCGAGAACCCCUCCCUCCACGCCAAGAUUCUGUCGCAUUUCUUCUGGCCCGACCUCCCCGGGCCGGAGUUCCGCGUUCCAGAGCCCAUCGCCUCCCUCCAGCAGCGCUACGCGCAGGGCUUCGGCUCCCUCAAACAAUCCCGCAAGCUCACCUGGCUCAACGGCCUCGGCCAAGUCACCGUGGAACUCGACCUGGAGGACCGCGUCUUCGUCGACGACGUCACCACAUGGCAAGCCACGGUCAUCUAUGCCUUCAACUCAUCCUCCGCGGGAACCACGACCAGAACCAUCACCGACCUCGCCCACCAACUCCAAAUGCCCGCCACCCUCGUCCGCUCCGCCUGCCUCUUCUGGGUGAGCAAACGCAUCCUCCACGAACACCCGCGCGACACCUUCCGCGUGCUGGAAGUCCUGCCUUCCUCCUCUGGUGAGCAUGACGGCGGCCCACCAGCCGCUCAAUCCACCGCGACCUCCCCCAAGACCGAAACCGCCCCGACGACGCCGACCAUGCACCACCCGCGCCGCCCAUCCAACUUGGGCACAUCCCCGGCCUUCGAGGACGCGGCCGAGGCGGCAGCGGCAGCGGCAGCGGCCGCCGCCAAGGAAUCGGCCGAAGCGGCCGCGAUGGAGAAGAUGAACCUGUACUGGCAGUUCAUCGUGGGGAUGUUGACGAACCAGGGCGCCAUGCCGCUGCAGCGGAUCGUGAUGAUGCUAAAGAUUGCGGUCCCCGGGGGGUUCCCGUUCAGCAACGAGGAGCUCCGGGAGUUUCUGGCGGGGAUGGUGGCCAAGGGCAAGUUGGAGAUUGUGAGUGGGGGGAAUUAUAAGAUCAAGGCGCAGUAG